AUGAGAACGACCAUUGCUCGGCCCAACCUUGGUGGCAAUGGUAACAAGAAUCGUCUAAUGUUCAAAUUUGAUGAAUUAUUUAAAACAUUGGAAUCAUCAAAUUCUGAAAUAUUUUCAAAUUAUCUUGAAAAAUGUUUAAAUGUACGGUAUACACACUUCAAUUUUGUCCGAGACAUCAUUCACAACUGGGCAAUGAAAUUACCAACAACAACAGCAUUAUGGUCAUGUGAGAAAGAUAAUGAAUAUAAAUUUACAUUCAAAGAAAUACUAGACUACAGUUCAGGAUUUGCCAAUACGUUAACAGGAAAAUAUUACAAUUUGAAACCAGGAAACACUGUAAAUGAGAAUUACUAUUGUACAGCCAAAAAAAGAACGUCACAACUAACAUUUAAGGAUAUUCGAUAUCAUUUACUCGCAUCCGGCACAGACUGUAUCAUUACAGACGAAGCUAAUGUAGAAGAAGUGAUUAAAGCCAUCGAAAAUCCUGUAAGACCUAUUAUAUGUGGACUUAUUGAUCCAAAAUCUAUUCGGUUACCGUUUGGAUGGAUGAAUUUGUAUUUAAAUGCAAUGGAGGCAUCGAAAGAAUUUGAUAUAUUUGAUUCAAAAGCCUCAACGCCUGCUCUGAGCAUACCAGGCUAUUGUUUUGAUCCGACCAAUGUCGAUUAUUCGACCAACAAAGAUCCAAAUAUAGCCGAUGAUCAACGUAUUGAAGAAGAAGCUCGUAAAGCCACAGAACAGCACAAUCGAAAUGGUAUUUUGGUGACAGGCCCUGUUUGGAAUACUAGACUGUUAUCAAAUCGUUUAUCGGAAAACGAAUCUUUUGACGCGGAGCAAUCUGUAAAAGGAAAAACACGUAUUAAGAUUAAGACAAAGAAGAAACAGUUUUUCCAAUUGAAUUCGAUGGAAAGCGUUAAGGGUAAGUACUUUUUGUAAACAAGAAGUACUGCAAAACUGCAGUGAAAAGCAUAAAGGUUUCGCGAAUUACGCGCGACAUGAUGUCAAUUCGACAAGAGCGUCAGAAAAUAUAAAGACGGUCAGACAAGCUGGCAAACACGCGUGUCUCAUAGGUAAUUAGCUCAUAUCCCAAGUUUCAAAUGAAAUUCAAAAUGAUGGGGAAAUCAAUAAAACAACAAGUACUAAUUUGAGUGGUACACGAAUACAGAAAAUAUUUUGAUGAUUUUCUCCAUCAAUC